AUGGAGAAAUUUACCAUAUACAUCGAUAAAAACCCUGGAAAUACAUUAAUAAACGUCUAUAAUAAGGAUGGUCGACAUUAUUAUGACAUUGAUGAUAACAAAGUUAUUCUAACAGAAGACAGCUGUCCCGACGGAUUAGAAAUAUACAAGGCAAUAACUCAUAGCUUACAAAAUGGUGCAAAAAUUAAAUGCAUCAAACAAAAAGAUCAGAUUUUGUCAGAUUUUAACGGUGAGUAUGAUAGUGUUUCCGUCUGCUAUUGGAUGAAAGAUAGUUCCUAUGAGCACCCUCUCUUAAUACAUGUAAAAUGUGGAAAUUCUCACGCAUAUUUUGCUAAUAAUGGUGACAAUACAUGGAAAAAAAUUAAGAGAGAAGAUGGGAAGGAUACGGAACAACUAAAGGGUAAACUUCUAGAUAAGAAGCUCGAUGAAAUUAAUUGUAAUGUGAACUCGUUUAUUUACAUUGAUAUUUCCAGGACAUACAAAUACCCCUAUAAUAGUUACUGUACUUCCACAAUAAAUGUGAUUGAGGACAAUUCGAUGGUGGAAGAUGGUUUUGUUGCAUAUGAGCAUCUUGAUAACACUAGGACAUCCUUUGGUAUAAACAGAUUUUGGAACGGAGAAGAUUAUGUCAAGUUUGCCACUCCAUCUCUUACCGUUUAUAGCGUGUCUAAAGUAGUCGUUUGGUUUUGGAUUAGGGACAUUGAGAAAAAGAAUCCUCUGCUAAUUUGCAUAAAGUCCGGAAACACCCUCUUUUAUUACUCUCACAGUACAAACGAACUCUGGAGCACAAUACAGAUUAGAGUGUUGCAUAUUUCAAGAGUACUUGAUCUAGAAAAUUGCAGAAGGAAUAAUGCCCAUAUUUUGGAUAUUUCAGAUUAUACAACAAAUGCAGAAUGUACAGUUUGUCAAAAAGAGCUUUCUAGAGUAUUAAAGUCUAAGAACUCAUGCAAUUAUACCACUUAUUCUUAUUCUCCCAAAUAUAGUGACAAAAACAACAUUUCAAUUGCAUUCUUCGUGGUUUUUGACACUCGUCAAAUAGGCUUACCAGUUGUUUCUGGACUCAGAAAUCUUUCCGUUUAUUACUAUCCAAAGGUAAAGGGAAUUCCUCUCCUUAUUAGUUUUCAGUCGCAAGGUGAAGAGUGGUAUGAGAGGACGAACUUAAAAAAUGUAUGGAGAAAAGUUUAUGAUAAAGAUGCUCUAAGAUCCGAUGAUUGGCCUAAUAGCCUGCUUCCAGAGCUGCUAACAAAGAUUGCCAUAAACCUAGAGAUAACAACUGGAACAUAUGUUCAUUUGGGAGAAACUGUAUAUGUAGAAAAGGAUGAAAUAGAAGGUUAUUAUUGUAAAUUUACCCACAAACUGAAAGGAGAAUACCCGUUUAUUAUGGAAAAUAUCACGCAUAAUAGGGCUAGUCUAGCUGGAAUACCCACAUCUGAUCCAAUUUUGAGCGUUUCAGUAGUAUACUGGACAGAAAGUUUUGAUUUUGAUGUUCCUCUCCUUGUAAUAUUAAAAAAUUGUGAUGAUAAGUUAGCUUAUUAUAUAAACAACGAAGACAUCUGGAAGCCUUUUAAUGGUGCCGAAUAUGAUAUUAGAGGGAUAGUUGGCCAGUACAACUGCGAACUAAAUGGAGUGCAUGCACUGGAUAUAUCAAAAAUGGAGUCAUAUAAAUGUCUCAAUCCUACUUGUUCCACAUUGAUUAGUGUCAGAAAGGAUAUAUCCAAAGAAAAUAUAAAGCAUGGAUUUAUCAAAUGUACUAGCACUUGUGACAAUCAAGACUCGUUUUCAGUACAUACCUUCACAAGCAACAAUGUUAAGCAAGAUGGUAUCGCACUUAAAGACAAAAUUUAUGAAUUUUGUACAUAUUUUUGCACAGAAAACAGUGGAAGUCCAGCACUGAUAUACUUUAGUAGCCCGCUAAAUUGUUGGUAUCGAAGAACAAUGGAACAUAAGAAUGACUGGGAAGUAGUAGAUUUGGAAUCUCAGCCUAUUAAUGAGAAUGAUAUAGUAAGCAUACAGAGAAAUAUACUGAUACCUAUAUCUCCAUGUGUAACGAUAGAAACCGAUAAAAUUUUAAGGAAGGGUGGAGUUAGCAAGUAUUACGACUAUGAAGCAGAAGUAGAAAUUCAAUUUACAGAAAAAGAUACAGUGCCAGGAUAUCACAAAUAUGUCCACGAAGUACAAAAUGGAACAUUUAUUCUAAAGCAUACACUCUAUGAAAACAUUGUUAUUGAGGAUGUAAUCUCUGAAGAUCCUCUGGAUUCUGUUUCGGUAUUUUACGCUUCUAACGAUAGUGAAAAGAGGAUUCCACUUCUUUUGGAACUGUCAACUUUUUAUGGAGCAUGCACAUACUAUGAGGAAAAUAUGGAGACCAAAAUGUGGACUGCAGUACCUCUUGGGAGUAUUUCUCGGUUAGAUGGAAAGAAUCUUGCGGAUACACUUGAUCAAAUAUAUAAAAGGUAUUUCCCUGUUCCUUCAUGUAAAAUAUUUUUGGGUAUUUGUGGAGCCGCAGGAGCACUUGGUCUUCUUUGGAACUUUAUUCCUCGUAUUAAAUCCGAGAAAAAGUUCUAUCAAAAGAUUAACAUGCUCACCUAUAAAUUGCUCUCGAAGCGAUACAAAAGUGUGCAAUAA